AUGUCCUGGACUCAGAAGAACUUCACCUUACCCUCGCGUAGCCGUGGCUCCUACCUCAUAACCGACCAUGUCCUCUCCGAAGUCCCCGAGAUCCGCGACUACAAGGUUGGCAUGCUGAACCUAUUCGUGCAGCACACCAGCUGUGCGCUCUCACUAAACGAGAACUGGGACGACGAUGUACGCGCCGAUAUGAGUGAUGCUCUCGAUCGCAUCGCGCCAAUGGAUCGGAAGGGAAACCUUUAUCGCCAUUCUGCUGAGGGAGAGGAUGAUAUGCCGGCUCAUAUCAAGUCUGCUCUCAUUGGUGCCUCUGUCAGUAUUCCUAUUACCAAUGGUCGUCUGGCUACCGGUACCUGGCAGGGAAUUUGGUACCUUGAGUUCCGUACUAGUCGGCACUCGCGAAAGGUCGUUGCGACCAUUCAGGGUGAGAAGGCCUGA